AGAUCCCAGACUAAGGGUCAAAUCAGAGCUACGAGUGGCAGCCUGCCACUGGCAGUCACAGCCACUCAGGAUCCUUAACAUACUGAGCGAGGCCAGGGAUCAAACCUACAUGCUCAUGGAUACUAGUUGGGUUAUUGCUGAGCCACAAUGGGAACUUCCAGAGCAACUUUAAUUUAACCCCAUGGCUAUCCUGGUUCCUGACCCUAAGUUUUACUAGAAAAACUGUUGUUUCUAAGAAAGAUCUAAAAAGAGAAGUGGGUCAUAUUAUAUAAGGAGAACGUUUCUCCAGCUUGUCUCAUGAAAUAUUAUUAGAGCAGGGGGAGAAAUACAGGAAAGGGAAAUACUCAAGCAAAUGUGAUUAAUAUUCAGAUGUUCUUGAAGUCAGUCUCGAAUUCAUCUGGGAGAAGUGGGGAAAUUAUUCUUUUUAUUGUUUACCUCUCUGUACAGUGUACAAACAUUGUUUGUUCCUAUCUUUUCUUUCCCCACCCACCUCCCCUAUUAAAACUCCAAGGACUACUAUCAAUGCAAUUCCAUAUCAUAACCCGAGGGGCUGUGAAACUAAGCUAGCAUGAGUUACAUAACCAUUAAGUAAGACAUUUUAACAUUCAGGAGCAUUACAUUCCACCUUUAUUGAGCAGACACGGUUUUCAUGGUCUAAUAAAAUAUUUUUAUUUGAUAGUCUGUCCUUGGUUAUAGCCUCAUGUAAUCAAGGGGGACACCAUGCUUAAGACUUUGUAUCCAGAACUUUAAAGUCCAGUUCUGGUUCACUUAAUAAAUAACUCACUGAGGAAAUUAAAUUUCUAAUUAUCUGCUGAAUCACUCAGGCCAUACUUCAAAUGUAGAGUGUUUCUCCUUUAUCUCGUGUCUCAGUUUCCCCAAAACACACUCAGAAAAGUAUGUGUAUUCAACAAAGAUUUCUAACUGUAAGAGUGUCUCUCUGCAGUCACUUCAUCUAGGAACUAAAUUAUAUGCUUAAUUUGCAUCAAGCUAUAAACAGCUAAUCUGUUAGUUUACAAAGCUCUUUUCAUCAGUCAGGCAGAAGGGUUGAAGUUGUCUGUUUUGACGAAUGGCUGAUAAAGUCACUAGGCCUCUAAAAGAAACAUAAUGAAAUUUAAUAUUUAGUCUUAAUAUCCCCUUAAUUUUCUCCCUAGACUUCUGCAAUAAGAUCUAAAUUUCAAAAUAUGUUCUUUGUAAUUGUGUUCUUUGAAAUAUAUUCAUCAGAAAUGUGUUCUCAAGUGUGUAGCUUUGGGCAAAUUACCUGGCUUUUCUGGGCCCUGCUAUCCUAAAGUAUAGAAUUAGAAUAUUCAUAUCCACCUUAAAAGGUUCAAUGAAAUAGUACAUGUAAAGCACUAAGAACUGUGAGUGACCCAUGGGAAAUAAUAAAUGUCAGCUAUUAUUAGUAGCUGUAUUAACAUUAUUUAUUUUAUUUUAUUUUAUUUUAUUUUAUUUUAUUUUAUUUUAGUCUUUUUGUCAUUUCUAGGGCUGCUUCUGCGGCACAUGGAGGUUCCCAGGCUAGGGGUCGAAUCAGAGCUGUAGCUGCUGGCCUACGCCACAGCCACAGCAACACGGGAUCCAAGCCACAUCUACAACCUACACCACAGCUCACGGCAAUCCUGGAUCCUUAACCCACUUAGGAAGGCCAGGGAUUGAACCCGCAACCCCAUAGUUCCUAUUCGGAUUCGUUAACCACAGAGCCAUGAUGGGAACUCCCAAAUAUUAUUAAUUUUAAAACAAGUUAAAUAAGUAUCUUUUUUUUUUUUUUUUCUUUUUGGCCAUGCCUGCAGCAUGUGGAAUUUCGCAGUCUAGAGAUGGAACCUGAGCCAUUAGCAGUGACAAUACCAUAUCCUUAACUCACUGUGCCACCAGGGAAUUCCUUAAAUAAGUAUCUUAGUUGUCAUCCUGAAUUUUUUUAAUCAUACAUAUUUUUUCUUCUUCAGUUUCACAAAGAAACAUUGACUAUGGUUAAUACCUUUCAUCCCAGGUUGUAAAGCAUGACUUAGGGUCGAGUGAGUGGCCAUUUUCUAGUGCUAUCUAAUCAGUUAAUAGAUACAUCAUCACAGCAACAGUUGUGAACUGUAAAAAUAAAAUUUGUUUUUAACACUGAAGAGAAAUUACCACAAAGUGUUUGUUCCCUUUUUGUGUUUGUCUAUAUUCGUAUUUCAAAUUAUUGCUUAGUCAAAACCUCAAGGUAUUAGUCAUUGAUUUCCAAGUUUAUAAAGGAAGCCAGUGGAGCAACAUAUAAAAUUCACCUUUGACGUUGUCCAAAGUUCAGAAGGGUGAGUUUAAACUUUCCUUAAUGAUGGUACGGCAAUUAUUUGUUUAUGAACUGCUGAAGGAAUCCUAUAUUUUAGGUGAUGGGCAGAUCAGAAAGUCAGAUGGAUAUAACUGAUAUCAACACUCCAAAGCCAAAGAAGAAACAGCGAUGGACCCCACUGGAGAUCAGUCUCUCAGUCCUGGUCCUGCUCCUCACUGUCAUUGCUGUGACAAUGAUAGCACUCUAUGCAACCUAUGAUGAUGGUAUCUGCAAGUCAUCAGACUGCAUAAAAUCAGCUGCCCGACUGAUCCAGAACAUGGAUGCCACUGCUGAGCCUUGCACAGACUUUUUCAAAUAUGCUUGUGGAGGCUGGUUGAAACGCAACAUCAUUCCAGAGACCAGCUCCCGUUACAGUAACUUUGACAUUUUAAGAGAUGAAUUAGAAGUCGUUUUGAAAGAUGUCCUUCAGGAACAGAAAACUGAAGAUAUAAUAGCAGUUCAGAAAGCAAAAACAUUGUAUAGAUCUUGUAUAAAUGAAUCUGCUAUUGAUAGCAGAGGCGGGGAACCUCUGCUUAGACUGUUACCAGAUGUGUAUGAUUGGCCAGUGGCAACAGAUAACUGGGAACAAACAUAUGGUUCUUCUUGGACAGCUGAGAGAACUAUUGCACAACUGAAUUCCAAAUAUGGGAAAAAAGUCAUUAUUAAUUUUUUUGUUGGCACUGAUGAUAAAAACUCUAUGAACCAUAUAAUUCAUAUUGACCAACCUCGACUUGGCUUGCCUUCCAGAGACUAUUACGAAUGCACUGGAAUAUAUAAAGAGGCUUGUACAGCAUAUGUGGAUUUUAUGAUUUCUGUGGCCAAAUUGAUUCGUCAGGAAAAAGGACUGCCCGUCGAUGAGAACCAGCUUUCUUUGGAAAUGAAUAAAGUUAUGGAAUUGGAAAAAGAAAUUGCCAAUGCUACAACUAAAUCUGAAGAUCGAAACGAUCCAAUGCUUCUUUAUAACAAAAUGACUUUAGCCCAGAUCCAAAAUAACUUUUCUCUAGAGAUCAAUGGGAAGUCAUUCAGCUGGUCAAAUUUCACAAAUGAAAUCAUGUCAACUGUGAAUAUUAAUAUUCCAAAUGAGGAAGAUGUGGUUGUUUAUGCUCCAGAAUAUUUAACCAAACUUAAGCUCAUUCUUACCAAAUAUUCUGCCAGAGAUCUUCAAAAUUUAAUGUCCUGGCGGUUCAUAAUGGAUCUUGUAAGCAGCCUCAGCCGAACCUACAAGGAGUCCAGAAAUGCCUUCCGCAAGGCUCUUUAUGGCACAACAUCAGAAACAGCGACAUGGAGACGUUGUGCAAACUAUGUCAAUGGGAAUAUGGAAAAUGCUGUGGGAAGGCUUUAUGUGGAAGCGGCAUUUCCUGGAGACAGUAAACAUGUGGUUGAGGAUUUGAUUGCCCAGAUCCGGGAAGUUUUUAUUCAGACUUUAGAUGACCUUAGUUGGAUGGAUGUUGAAACAAAAAAGAAAGCUGAAGAAAAGGCCCUAGCAAUUAAAGAAAGAAUCGGCUAUCCUGAUGACAUUAUUUCAAACGACAACAAACUGAAUAAUGAAUACCUUGAGUUGAGCUACAAGGAAGAUGAAUACUUUGAGAACAUAAUUCAAAACUUGAAGUUCAACCAAAAUAAACAACUAAAGAAACUUCGAGAAAAGGUGGACAAGGAUGAGUGGAUAAGCGGAGCAGCUGUAGUCAAUGCAUUUUAUUCUUCAGGCAGAAAUCAGAUAGUCUUCCCAGCUGGCAUUCUGCAGCCCCCCUUCUUCAGCGCACAGCAGUCUAACUCACUGAACUUUGGGGGCAUCGGCAUGGUCAUAGGACACGAAAUCACCCAUGGCUUCGAUGACAAUGGCAGAAAUUUUAACAAGGAUGGAGACCUUGUUGACUGGUGGACUCAACAGUCUGCAAAUAAUUUUAAAGAACAAUCCCAAUGUAUGGUGUACCAGUAUGGAAACUUCUCCUGGGACCUAGCAGGUGGACAGCAUCUCAAUGGAAUUAAUACACUGGGAGAAAACAUUGCUGAUAACGGUGGUAUUGGCCAAGCAUACAGAGCCUAUCAAAAUUAUGUUAAAAAGAAUGGUGAAGAAAAAUUACUUCCUGGACUUGACCUAAAUCAUAAACAACUGUUCUUCUUGAACUUCGCCCAGGUGUGGUGUGGGACUUACAGGCCAGAGUAUGCAAUCAACUCCAUUAAAACAGAUGUGCACAGUCCAGGCAAUUUCAGGAUUAUUGGGACUUUGCAGAACUCUCCUGAGUUUUCAGAAGCCUUUCAUUGUCACAAGAAUUCAUACAUGAAUCCAGAAAAGAAAUGCCGGGUUUGGUAAUCUUCAGAAGAAAUGAUGCAGCCCUUGGCUAGACUUGCCCACACCACAGAAAUGGGUGAACUCUAUCCAAGAGGAAAAGGGCCAGAAAGAUCACUGUGAUUACAUGGAGGUAGUUCACAGAGAUGAAAGCAUUAUAAUAAAAUGAAGUUAGGUUAUUCUGGAAAAGAUGUGGAGGGAGGAGGGGGUCUAAUGUCAAACCAAUCACUUCUCACUGUGUAAAUAAUACUUAAUCUCUACAGGUAAUAUUACUAUUCAUUUCUGGUUCUCAUAUGAUCUGCUAUUUUGAUGUUGUUUCUUGAUAUAGACCAGGAUUUCUAAUCAAAGGGAGAAAGAAGAGGUGGAAGAAUUCAACUGGCACCAAAAGCACAGCACAGCAGUGACAUGAGAGUUAAAAACACGUUGCCUAUGUACUAAUUGUUACUUUUAUUUGCAACAUUUAUGCUCCUUCGAAACUCUUCCAAAGAAUUCUUUUACAUACUGGGGCCUUGGGACUUAACAUAGUUUUAAUCUAAUUUUGUCAAUCAUCAUUUAUUCAUUCUGAGAGCAUUGUAUUUUAAGCACUCUUAGGGCUAAAAUGAAUGUCUAAAACUGUUUUUUGUUGUAUCUGCUUUGACUGAUAAUGAGAUUCUUGAGGUUCCCUGCAGUUUUCUAAGCAAUUUCUCGUUCUCUCUCACAAAACUUGGUCUUUUUAAGAGAUUUGUAGUAAUGUAUAAAUAAUAAUUUUUAUAUUUAAUUAACUGCAUUUAUGACUAAGUAAUUAUUAUAGGUAAUCAUUGAAUUUUGGAGCUUCAGACCAAGACAGUUAUGAACCAAUAUCUGUAAAGUGAUGUACAGAUGAAGAUUUGAAACUUUUUAAACUUAUAAAUCAUAUUGAUAAAAAGCUUUAAGCACAAAACUUGGGUUAAAAAUUAUCAUUGGACAUUUGUUUAAAGAUACAUAAGAGUUGUGGUUUACAAACAGGAUUUCUAAAAUUAAAUGUGUCCCUGGAGUGGAUAUGAUCAAAGGACAAAAGUGCAUCUAUGUGGCUCCGUCUCUCCUUAGCUUUUCUGGUUUGGCAUCUGAUGGGAAUAUUUUGAUAAUAAAUUGAAAUUGUGAACUCA